AUGGAUCCAAAACUGAUGGACCUCCGUACUGAUGAGGAGAGGGACCGGCCGUUUAUCAGUUCAGUUCAACAGCCUGCCUCUCUGAUGGGAGCAGCCCGUCAGUCUGCAGCAGGGCACCGCAGAGACCGGGACCAGGACCAGCCUCCAGAGGUCCAGAGACACGAGGGACUUCCUGUUUCUGCUGAGAAACUACGGCAGCUGAUAGAGGACAAAGUUCAUCUCCUGCAGUCACUUUCUGCUGAAGACCAGCAGGGAUUGGUGUUUGAGCAGAACCCAGGACAGGAGGGACUGCUGAGGUUUGCUGUUCUGAGUCAGGAGCUGACCUUUCACCUCCAGCAGCUGCAGAGCCGGACCGAGCAGGAGCUCAGCAGCAUCCAAACCCAGCUCGGGGAGAUCGACGGGCGCCGGCGGCAGCUGACCAUCGACCUGUCGGACCUGCAGCAGAAGAAGAAACAGACCGAAGAAGAGCUGAAGACGAGCUCCGGCCUUCCGACUUCCACCCUUCGGCUGUGCGCCGUCCGGGAGCUUCAGGCGUUCAUCGCGGAGCAUUUGGUCCAAUCAGAGAAGCUCGUGUUCCAGGAGCAGGCACUGAGCGCGCUCCGUAACCUGCUGACCCAAGACCUGCGCCGGUACCAGGAGGAGACCCAAAACCUGACCCGCUUCACGCAGAAAAUUCUCCGAAGGUCCGACGGAGGAGAGACCAACCGAGCUGAAGGUGACCGAAGCAUGCAGGGCAAGAGUGAGCCGAAACAGGAAACCAACAUGGACUCAGAACUGGAUUCCAACAAGCGGUCCACCAGCCCCUCGGAGGAGGACUCCCCCACCCCCAGAGCCCCGCCCGUCCCUCAGAACCCCAAAUAUCAGCUGGUGAUGAACAGCGACCUGAAGUCCAACGGGCUCAGCGCCAAGGAGGCCGACGGUCCGACAGGCGGCGGGUCAGCCGGGGAGAACAGCCCCAGACUGUCCCGAUGGGAGACCACCCGUCUGGGGGCGAACCACUACCGUGGGUCCCUGGAGUCCCUGACCUCGCGGGACUGGGACACUGGUUCUGACAGGGCGGGCCUCGUGGACAGCCCCCCCCGGGUCUUCAACAGUCCGUACAUCUCGACCACGUCCAUGGAAUAUAAUCCAUCGAACCGAAUGUCCGAGUUUAAGGUCCAGGGCGGACUCUCUCCGGCCACCUCAGACCUGAACCUGUACAGCUUCAAUGGCCGCAGCGUCAGUCCGGUUCCCCCCUCCUCCCUCACCGCCCCCCGUCCUCGAUUCUCCGCCUACGACACUCUGAUGAGGAGGAGGACCGAGGUCGCCAACCCUGUGGCGCCGGUCCACUACAGCCUGAGGUCCUCCACACUGGGAGCCCCCAACAAGAAAGACUUUGUAGAAGAACUGACCAAACAGCUGGACACCUGUCAGAAGCGAAACCAGUUCCUGGAGGCCGAGAGCGUGGAGAUGGAGAAGGAGAGGAACCAGAUCAGGUUUGAGAUGCGCGCCCUGCUGGUGAACAACGAGGACCUGCUGAGGACCAACACUCAGAUGAACAACGAGCUGAAGAGGACCAGGGAGCAGAUCUUGGAGCUGGAGAGCGACAACCAGUCCCUGAGAGAGAGUCUCCGGGAGAUGGAGUUCGAGGUGAAAGAAGCUCGAGAAAUGAUGGUGGAGGCCAACACCCAGGAGUACGCCUUCAACUUCCUGCAGCAGUCGCUGAAAAACAAGAUCCAGGACGCUGAGGAGAACCUGGAGAAGCAGACGCAGCACACCCAGACUCUGGCUGAGAAGCUGUGGUUGGCAGAGAGGAAGGUGGAGGACCUGGAGGUGGACAAAGAGACUCGAGACAAGAAGACGUCUGAGCUGAACAACACCGUCCUGAGGCUGGAGACAGAGCUGAGCGAGGCCCUGCAGGCGUCCACCCAGGCCGCAGCAGAGCUGAGCCUGCAGCAGAAGCUGCGAGAGGACGACCAGAUCAGGAUGGAGGAGCUGGAGGAGACUAUUCUGGAGAAGGAUCAGGAGGUUCAGAAGCUGCAGGUUCUCGUCACCAAACUGCAAGGAGAGGUCUCAGGGAAGCUGAUUGAUAAGGAGCGGACCCUGGAGGAGGAGAUCCAGCUGAGGGAGCGUCUGCAGCUGCAGUGCAGGCAGGCGGAGAGGACCGUGGAUGAUCUCACCAUGGAGCUGCAGAACACGAACCAGGCCAAGGACGACCUCGCCAAGCAGCUCAAACUGGCUCAGGAGAAGCUGAUCGACUUGGAGACUGAGCUGGAGGACUUCCACGAGAGCGAGCAGAGAUGGGCGGCCAAGCAGAAGAGGGCCAUCGAGCAGACCGAACAGCUGCAGCUGAAACUGAUCCAGGAGAAAGAUCUGAGCGACCAGCUGGAGACGGAGAAGGCCGUCAUGGAGAGACAGCUGCGGGAGCUGCGUGUGGAGGUGGAGGAGCUGCAGAGCUCCAGGCUGCAGGAGGACGUCGUCUCCCGAGCCGAGAGUCGGGUCAAAGAGCUGGAGACCGCCCUGAGGACCGAGGAGAGGAACAAGUCGGGUCUGGUGAACUCUGUCAGCAAACUGGAGCGCCGGAUCAACGAGCUCAGUGACCAGAUGGAGGAGGAGCACCGCAUCGCCACCGAGCAGAAAGAACUGAUGACCCAGAGGAUCCGCUCUCUGAAGCGGCAGUUGAACGAAGCCGAGGAGGAGGCGAGCAGGAAGGAGGCGCAGUGCCGUCACACCCAGAGGGAGCUGGCUGAGGAGCGGGAGACGAGCAGCCGGCUGCAGAGGCAGCUGCUGGACCAGCACCUGCAGACCAAGAGGAAGGAGAACCUGACGAUCCGUCAGACUCUGGACAACCUGCGCUUGGACCUGAGCGGCGACGAAGACGAUGAUGAAGAUGAGCCGCAGGAACAAUCGAACACCGUCACCAAAGUUUAAACCUGGAGGGGAAACAUGUAAAUACAGCUCGCCGCCGAGAGGAACGCCAGGCGACACCAGGAAGUUUGUCACCGUCUGGGGGUCGGAGCUUUUCCUGAAACAUGAAAUUUAGUUGAAUCAAUUUUUUCCUCUCGAUGUACAGGAACUAACUUUAAUCCUUCACAAUAAGAGCCUUUAAAUGUCUGAACCGCAGCCAGGCUUUUACUGUGAAGGAUUCAAAUAUAUUCUUUGAGCUUUCUCCUCAGUAAUGAGGCUGUUGCUCCUGUUGGCUGUGGUGAAGAAAGAGCUGAGCAGAGGACCAGGUCCAGAUCCUCUCUGGGUUUCCGUUCUGGACUCGUUCAGGUCGACACGAAGGAAAAGACCACUUCCUGUUUGGUUCUUCCUCCGUGGGGCUUCAGGCUUGUUUUGGGUUUUCAGCGUCCUGAAUAAAGAAACGUUGGUGAACUGCGUCGCGUUAACGAACUGCAGCUUCGUUUUUAACGUUUUAAGAGUUUUACAGUAUUUUGGUCGUAUUACAGGGUCGUUAAACUAAUAGUAGCUGUUGGUUCACUCUGGGAAUCUUUAAGAAGAGAUUUAAAAAGUUUCAAACGUCACUUCCAGUUUAUUUAUACGUGUCGUUUCCGUGAUUUUAACAUGUUGGAUUUCUAGAAUAAAAACCUUCUGUCGGGUCAAACUGUGGAAGAGCUGCUGCUUCAGGGUUCCAGAAACUAAAGGUCACGUUCAACAAAUCCUCGUUUUAUUCUGUAAAUAUUUCGGUUUGAUCUUCAGCUGACAGGAAGCUCAGUUAACUUCAGUCUGUUUACAUUUGCUGCUUUUUCUCCACGUUUUUAACUUUUAAAACAUCUUUUUUCAGUAAAAUGAUGUUAAAGCUAACACACGAUGUAUGUUCACGUUUAACU